AUGUCUUCUGUGUGGAAGUUCUUCAAAAAAGAAGACAACAACAAUGAUUCAGCUUCUUGCAAUUUGUGCGGCAAGUCGUAUAAAACGUGCGGUAAUACAACCAAUUUGGCCACUCAUUUAAAAAAUAGGCAUCAUUUUGCUUAUUUGCAAAUGAUGAAAAUGCCUAGUUCAUUGAAAACAACUAAAUCUAGUGAAGAAACUGAAGACGCUGCGGCAGUAGACUUGAAUAACUCCAAUCUUAGUUUGCCAUCCACUAGUACUGGUUAUAAAAAUUCCCAGCAAAGUCAAGAAGAUGUCACAGUCAAUCCUGCUGAGAUGGUUUAUCAUGAAGCUAAAAAAAGAAAACAAAGCACCUUAGUAGCUUGUUUAGAGAGAGGCUCAAGCUUCGAAGAAGGUGGACAAAAACAUAGUGAAAUAACACAGGCACUGAUUUACAUGAUAUGUAAGGACAAUUUGCCAUUAUCAUGUGUUGAAAAAAAAAAGGCUUGCAAAAACUUAUGCGCACAGCAUGCCCUCUUUAUAAACUGCCUUCCAGAAAAAAGGAGCUUCUUAGUAUUAACAGUUCAUUUUAUUGACAACGUUAAGGGAUCGCCUAUCCUUCAAAAUGUAAGCCUAUGUGCGCAGAAACUGACUCAGGCUCAUUCAGGACAGUACAUAAAAGAAUGCUGGGAAGAAAUUUGUGAAGAAUUUCAUAUAGACAAAAAUAAAAUUGUUGCCAUUACAACUGAUGGGGGUGCAAAUAUAGUGGCGGCAGUGCGAUUGUUUUUAGGGAACGAUCGCAGAAUUUCGUGUAUGGCACAUUGCCUAAAUCUUAUUGUUGAUGGGGUGUUGAAAGAAAAUCACGCAUUUUCAGCUCUUUGCGAUCACGUAAAGAGCAUCGUGACGUAUUUUAAACAAUCCGUAAAUGCGAUGGAUCAAUUACGCUCUGAACAAGAAGUAUCUGGAAUGCAAGAAGGGGAGGUGUUGACAUUAACACAAGCCGUCACCACAAGAUGGAACUCGUGCUUUGACAUGUUAAAAAGAUUUACCACUCUUUUCUGCACUAGUAGCAAAAUUUUAGCUACUAAAAGUCAGACAAGCCGAAAUACACCCGACAUGGUCGCAACUUGUCAAUUAAAUAUUAUAAGAGAUAUUGUGGCUAUUUUAGGCCCAUUCAAAGAAGCCACGAAAGAAAUAAGUGGGGCUAAUUACGUGACUUCCAGUUUAGCCAUUCCGGUUACAAAUUUGAUUCGCCAAGCAGUGGAAACUUUAAGUCCAUCUACAAGUUUGGGGCUAAUUGUUAAAGAAGCUCUUCUUAAAAAAGUUCAAGAAAGACUGGUACCUUUACAAGAAAAUUCAUAUUUGUCCGCAGCAACAAUAUUAGAUCCGCGUUUUAAAAAAAUUCAUUUCAAUUCACCAAUUGCGGUUUCACAUGCCAUAGCCAAAAAUAGUAAUGAUAUUCGGAGCGAACACCGACGCAGGGGUCAACUUUCCCCUGAUCUUAGAACGAUCCAAAUAGGAAAAGCACAAGAAAAAACUGAGAGUUAA